CGUAUGAAAACAUAGCAUUAGAUUGUGCGCAUAGUUCGUCGAAUCGAAAGUGAAACUCCGAACAAAUAUUAAACCAGUACAUAUUGCAUGUAAUUAUUAAAUGGUAUCAAAAUAGAGGAGAUGUACCGUUUUAACAUUUUCCCUUUCUAACAAUGCGCAUGCAACUUUAAAUACAAAGAGUUUAUAUUUACUACGUACUAUCUUUUUAAGUUACUACCUUUUGUAAAUACGCGUUUCUUGUCUUUUUCCUACUCCUGCGAGUUCUUGGUUACCCAGAAUGCCGGGGUAAAAAGUAUUCUCACUGUAAACAUGCCUUCUGGCUGUAAGUUAGUUUGUUUAGUCACCAGGCGAACCACGCAAUUGCCGAGGGAGGCCUUAAAAAACACCCGUCUUCAGAUGUCACAGAAAGAGAGCCAUGGAGUGAGGGGAUGCUUAAAUCCGUCAUAUAACAAUGGAAACACUGGUGAUCAGUCAUUAAGGGGAAAUCCCACAAACCACGGCUCAUCCACUGAUUCUGCAGGCAAAGGGAACGCAAGCCAGCCCACAUCUACUGAGACUGCAGGCAAAGAGGACGAAAAGUCAUCUAGGCCUACUGAGCGAGGAAGGAAUCAGGCACCAGAAAAAACGCCUCUAUCUAGCGAGAGCGCUAGAUCUCGCUACGAUGAUGUCCAAAACCCCAAGCCGACAUCUAGUGCAUCUGGAGAAAGCAGCUCAAACUGGCACAUGGACACUUCAGAUUCUUCCUCGGAUGCUUCCAGCUCAGGAACAAAACCGAAGUCUUGGAUACAGCUGGGUCCCACAUAUCCCCUUCAGAACCUCAAAACAAUGCAAAACUACGCCACAGAGUUUGACAAGAAACUGACGGGACAUAUAAUAAUGAUAGACAUGACGUAUUUCCAAAGUGGUGUGAUUGUCCCUUAUCAAUGUAGUCAUGUUUGGGAUUCCAACCAUGUGAAGUUACCACAUCUCUAUCCGCGGCCUGCAUCCCAGCACCAUUCAGUACUGUCUCGCUGGGAAGCCACCUGUCAAGCUCUGCGCAAGCUUACCAAAGGAAAAAACUCUAUCGGAGAUGUUGAGAGCGUAAUAAUGUCUUAUAAUACCAACAACAAGGACAAAUGGACAUUUGACGCACUUUAUCGUUAUGGAGAGCGCCUACACGCAGUGGACAAUAACCUCCAUUUGCUGAUCCCAAAGAUAGCCAAACUAGCUCUUGAAUUACCGGAUCUCAUUAAACAGCCCAUCCCUCUCCUGCGACAGCAAAAGAACCAGGCCAUAACAUUGUCUCAGCAGCAGAUUUCCAGUCUGUUAGCAAACGCCUUCUUCUGCACCUUCCCUCACAGGAACAACACUAAACCUGGUUCAGAAUACGCCAACUUCCCCACCAUUAACUUCAGCAGCCUAUUUGCUGAUGAGAAAGACCCAGAGAGAUUACAGCAGAAAGCAGAGAAACUGAGGGCCAUAUUCCAUUACUUCAACACGGUGACAAAAGAAAGCCACGAACCAGAUUCAGCAAAACCAGAUGGACUGGUUAGUUUUGAAAGGAUUAGCAUUCCACCAUCACAGCUCCCUGACUGGAAUAAAAAGAAGAUGCCUCUAAGGAACCUUCACAUCUCUUCGGAAGGGUCCAUAGAGAAAGAGGGUACAGGCAUGCUGCAGGUGGACUUCGCCAGCAAAUACAUUGGUGGAGGAGUGCUGAAGUCAGGACUGGUUCAGGAGGAGAUCCUCUUCCUCAUGAGUCCAGAGCUCAUCGUGGCCAGACUCUUCACGGAGAAACUGGAUGAUAACGAGUGCCUUAAGAUCACAGGCCCUCAGAUGUACAACAUUACUGCUGGCUACAGCAAAACCUUUUCUUGGGUGGGUCCAUACAAUGACUGCACAAAGCGAGAUAUAUGGAAGAGACGCUAUCGGCAGAUUGUUGCCAUUGAUGCUCUUGACUUCAAGAACCCAAAGGAGCAGUACACCCAAGAAAACAUCAAACGAGAGCUCAACAAGGCAUUCGUGGGAUUUCACGGAAACCCAAAAACAGCCAUCGCAACGGGCAACUGGGGCUGUGGUGCCUUCAAUGGAGAUCCUAAACUCAAAGUUUAUGCCUGCUGCAUAACUCAAGUGCACUUGAGCUUGAGGUCACAAACUGACAGCCAGACAUUCUUGGUUCCAUCAAUUAUGGCAAGUUGGUCCCGGCCCUGAAGCUGCAAAACAGCUCCAGACCAUCACACUCCCACCACCAUGUUUGACUGUUGGUAUGACGUUUCCUUGUAGGCCUAUUUAAUUUACUUCAUGUUUACUUCAUUAAUUUCUAUAAUAACUAAUAUAAUAAUUUCUUAAUUUAAAAUAAAAUAAUGAAUCAGUCUCCAACAAUCCUGGGUUUGUUUACGCAAUAAGCCCAUGAGAAAAAUAUGUUGUUCCCUAAACACUAACGUAAAAUCAUGUUCCCACGAGUUAUGACUUUCCCACAAAUUAGUAUCUCGUGGCCUCAUUAUAUUAUCACCUUCCCAAAACUUGGCCACGACAAAACUAAGUGAACAGAAGAUGAGGGGUCACUGCACUUUCAUGAUUUAACAAAAGUGGGUAAUUAAUUUUUUUUAUGUAGGGCCGGUAGGUUUGGACAGCUUUUUCCCCUGAAAUAAUUUAAAAACUGCAUUUUAUAUUGCAUUUUUGUGUUGUAUUAAAAUUAGUUUGAUCUGAACUUUAAGUGUAACAAAUAUGCAAAAAUGUAAAAAACAACAAGUAGUUAAAACCUUUUUAAGGCACUGUAAAAACAUAUACUUGUUUGAUCUGGAGAAAUUAUAAAGGCUUUACAUUAAUCACGAUACAGUAAGGUGCACGGAACAGAAUGUGUUUGUCUU